UUAUCUUUCAGUAUUGUUUUACUGCUCAGACAUUUACCAUAAACUUCGCGGAAGCUUAUCGUCUUGGUUGUGGUCCAAUAAAGACCUGUCUACAAUAUGCAUCAAUUUCAACCAAAAGAGUAAACUUGGAUGCUGGAUGCUGUAACACGGACAAAUGUAACAAUAAACCGCCCGCUCUCCUUAAAGUGAUUCCAAAACAAAACAGUACUAAUUCAUCAUUAUCUACUACUGAUAAAAGUUUCUGUGUGAACCUGGACGACGAUAUAUGUACAAGGUUGGCAAUAGUUCGUCCUAAUCCCUGCUCUGACGACUGUAUUGCUUCAAAAAUAUGUCCACAUAUGUGCAAGAAAUGCUUUUAUUGUCUUGACUGCAAUGAAGUCAAUCAUCCAGAUAAUUGUACUAAAACAACAGCAUGUGGAUAUGGGAAGCAAUGUUAUGGCUAUGAGAAAAUAGGAUCAAAUAGAUUACCAGCAGUCGAGCUAGGGUGCAUUGACGAACAGGUAUGCAACCUUCUGCAAACACCGUCAGGUCACGCAUUUGGUAGACGGGAUAAGUUUACUUUCACUGGAGGGUGCUGUGUUGGUGACUUUUGCAAUACCCAUCCAGAUGGUAUGGUGGCAACUCAGUCUUCAGUCACUACGGUCUCUACUUCAUCGCCUGCUAUAGUAGGACAAAAUUGUAGUAAUCAGUAUCAUCUGUCCUGUCCAGCUGGAUUUAAACCAAUAGGCAAAAACUGUUAUCACAUGCCACCAAACAUAAAUGUGACCAAAGUCAAUGCUGAGCGUUACUGUCAUGACCGAUGUUCUCAUCUGGUUAAAUUCUCAGACAAAGUGGAAAUAUUGAAUGUGUUCUCUCAUUUUGACAACAAUCAUCACCAUGGUGACGAGGUAUUUACAUCCUUGUCUAAAGAUUUAUUGGAUCGUUGGAUCUGGGACAGUGACAAGACAGCAGCCAAUCCCCAGCUGAUUGAACACGAUUUCCAUCUUACACACAACACAUGCGUAGUAGCCUACAUAUCAUACUUCACAGGAACUAAUGGACAUAUAGUAUAUGCUUAUGGCUUGUCGCCUGUGGAUUGCAAUCACAAAGCCGUUCCAUUGUGCUAUGUAACAAGAUCAUAGUACUGUCAAUAUUUUCAAUUAAACAUAAUAGUACCCUUCUGUCAUCAACUAUAUUCCGUCCAAUAUCUAUAAUAUAAUGAAAUCCUCAAGUUCAGUUUAUGUCAUAAGUUUAUUCAACACAUUAUUUCAUACUUAAGUGCCAGUCUUUGUAAGAAUCAGGCAAUUUAGAAAAGUUUCA